CUUAUUCUUCAAUUCCUUGAAAUUACUAAGACGGUUUCCAAAAUGAAUGUAAGUGGGAAUGCGAAGCCCGUUAAAAAGGAGGUGAUAGUUAUAGACGAGGAACCAGUGGUGAAUUCAACCCGUAAAACUCAAAAGAGGAGCAAUCCUGCGGCCAAUUCAUCCAAAUCCAAGAAUGUCAAAGUGAAGAAAGAAGAGCCUCAGGAUCUUCAUGGUCACACCGUGAAGAAGGAAGAGAGUGCUAAGAAGGAAGAAAGUGGUGAUCCUGAUAAGACUGGUUUCACAUUGGAGUUAAAUUCCCAUGCAGCUUUUGGUUUGAGAAAUGCGCUUCGAGCAAUUCGGAUACCAAAGAUCUACCGAUCUAAUCUCGAAGCAAAACCUUCUCAACUCCAAAUCCAAAUUAAAAACCUGGAUGGGAGUUUCAAGGCUUUACUGACACUGAAACCGGAUGCCUGCACUGUUUUCAAUUGCACACAAUCUUAUAUGCUUGGUUUGGAAUUUGAUAGGCUGCUUGCAGCUAUAUGUAAUCCAGCACAAGAUGAUCAAUCCAUCAUCCGUUUAUCCAUUGGUGAUAGAAAAUUGCCUCUCAUUAUUCAAUCAGGUACUAAUAGCACAACAUUUGAAGUCGAGUUGCAGUCAUUGGUAUCCAGUGCCAAUGCGCCUGCGGUCUAUGCAAGUAUUUUUCUUUCAUCUGGAUUCUUCAACUGCAUUUUGCAUUCUAUGGAGGAGAUGGUGGCUUACAAAGUCAGCUUAGGGAACCAAUUAGACAUCAAUAAUCUGGGCAUAGAUAUAGAGAUUACCUCAAAAGCUGUGAAGAUAACAGCAGUUGGUGUUGGAUAUCAUCUCAAUCCUCAGCAAUUCAGUCUUCCAUAACCCUACAUAUAAUCAACAGUAGUAGAGGAUUUUUUAGCUUGCUUUCAGCCUCUCUCUCUCUCUCUCUUUUAAUUACCCACAAAUCAUUACUCCGGGAUCAAUUUGCAUGGUGAGCUUCUUCUUCUUUUUGGCAUUGAAAUAUUAAUACAUUAAAGAAUAAUGGUUGUUUUUGGACACAGGAAGGACACUGUAGCCUGCUUCGUGUAAAAAAUAAAAGAUUCAACGUCUC